UUUUAUUGUCAGCCUCCUUGCAUUCAAAUUGGACGCGAAUUCGAGUUUUCUUUUGUAAUUCAACGUAAUCAAAUGGAAAAGGGAAAUUUAAACCAAUAUUAAUGCAAAUUAACUUAUUAAAUGAUUAUUAAUUUAAUAACAAUAUUCCCAUGUAAAGAAAAAUGAUCUAACUUUAUCCAAUGAAAGAAAAUCCAACUCAAGUGUAAUCUUCACUUUUUUUUCUGUGUCCACUGUCCUGUGCCUGCGUGAAAAUUCUAUUGAUUUUCUGUUCUCCUUGAAGUGAAAAUUCCAUGCCGUAGAUUUGCGAAAAUGUAAAUUGAAGAUAUAUAUUUUUUUUCUAAUUGAAAAUCUAGAGUUGAGUUCACCACCAGUCAAUCUUUUAUGUAGACAGCGUCUCUCCAUUUAUUGAUUUUGUUUUUGUCUCUUCGUCGAAAUUCUUGUGGUUCUGUAAAUAGUUGACUUCGACAAAAGGCAUACUUACCUUCGUGUGGUUUAAUAACACUGCCUCCGCCUUUUUCUAUCAGCGUCAGAAAAAAACUUUUCGCCUCUUUUAAGAACACAAAAAUGUAAAUUUAAACUGCCCAGUAAUUUUAUUGUAAGUUUAAUCUCGUGUUCAUUUGUUUAAAUAAAAUUAAUCCAACUCGUUAGCGAGGAAGUGUAAAGAAAAAAACUACAUAAAAGCAUCCAAAAACAAUGAAAACACGACUAAUUACCUUGACUUAUCGAGGAUCUGCUUCGGUGGAUCCUCGGUACUCGGCCGCAAUGUUACCAUGGACAAUAAAUGAUAUAAGAUCGAUGGAGAAUUACACUCGGCUCUCGGUUGGUGUGGAAAAUGGGACACUUGAGUCAUAUAAUUCAGAUUUCGAACUCCAAUUUGGCCAUCCAUUAAAACAUGUUGUUGGCAUGUGUCGCAUCAUUCAUCGUAAUGGACGCACUGGAUACUCUCAAGUCAAACAGAACACGAAUGGCAUUAAAAACGCUCUGAGCAAUGCCACAGUUUUGUCCUCGUCUUCGUCAUUGUCAUCUAUGUCCUCUUCGUCAUCAACGUGUAACUCGAAUGGUACUUCUAGUAGUGUGUCCGCAGGAAGUGCUGGAACUGGCAAUUCAAAUGCAUGUGACAGUAAUGGAAGUGCUGCUGUCAAGAGUGCGGCUAUUAUGGAAUUUAACGGACCUUUGACAGGACUUGUUUACUUGAUUAAGGAUCCGCGAGAUCCUCUCUUGCAUAUUCACUUGUUCGAAUGCGAAUCAAUUGAUGAGAUGGCGGAACUAAUGCAUCAAAUGCGUGAUCCAGCGCACACAUUAGGCGGUUCCGUCGGUAGCAUACCACAAACUCUGGUAGCAAAUUCUGGAUCUGGAAGUGAUCAGAGUUUACAGAAAGCUCUUGGCAAUGGUCUUCACUCAACACCAGCCACAAAUCUCAAGCUGUCCGAAGCUGUUCGCAAUGCUCCACACGAUGCUAGUCCAAAUUUGGUAUCGUCAAAGAUGACGUCAUCCAAAAGUUACACCCACGGUUUGAGUAAUUCAGCUGGAACGGUACACAUUCCAACAAGCACAUCGGCUCAAGCUAAUCUCUCGCUACUCGGCGACAUCUCUCCCAAUCAUACGCACUUCUUUGAGGUCAUGUACGUUGGCAAGAUCCGAGUUUCGCACAAACGUGUCCCGUUUACGUUUAUCGAUGAUGCUUUGCCAAAAUUUAAAGCGUACGAUGCUCAAAGAUCCCGCCUCGUGCAAAUGGGCACAAAUCGAAAGAUGUCGCUGAAUAGCGCUGAGGGAUCAUUUGAGGUAACAAAAGAGGAAACAACAUCAACUGGCAAUAGUGAAGUUGAUUCUGAAGAAGCUUCCGAUGAGGGUUCGAUAAAAAGUGAUGGCAACGAAUUGAAAAAUGUUGAAAUUGAAUCUGAAGUUUUGGAAGAUAAUAAAAUAAAAACGGAAGAAGACAACAAAGAGAACAAGUCCCCGAAACGAUUAACCCGAGGACAUAGUCAACUGGUUCUUCCAGUCAAGAGAGAAAAUAAUGGUGGUGAAGUUGAUGGUGGUGGUGUAAUAGUAGUUAAUAAACCUCCAACUCCACCUUUAACAGCUCCAGUUCUACCAGAACAAUACUCGGCUUUGGAGAAGUUGGACCUUAAAAAUCGCGAUUUGCCUACGAUAGAUUUUUCUAAACUUUUGAGUAUCCCCAAACAACGAGACCGCUCAGCUUCCUACGGCUGUAUACCACCUUAUGUUGAGCAAAAUCGCACCAUGGUUUUUUUGGUUGGUCGCUCUGAUCUGCGACUAAUAUCGCCAGAUCGCAAGCAAGUUCUACUCUAUAAAGAUUUCAAGGAUGUAGCCAGCUGUGCUCAAGGCAACACACAUGCCGAUCAUUUUGGAAUCAUAUGCCGUGAAGGUCAUAACGAUGGUUACAUCGGUUAUGUCUUUAAAUGUCAAUCCGAUCAUGUGUGUGACGACAUUGUUGCAGCAAUAUCGCAGGCCUUCAUAACCUGCUCAGAACAAAAGAAAAAAGAAGCUAGUCAAGUGUUUUCAUGUGAACAUUGUCCAAUGCUAUGGUAUCACAAACUCUGUUCAGACGUCGAAGGGCUCAGCGAAAAGAAAACACAGAAUGUCAUCUUUCGUCGAAUAGAAUCGUUAAGCGACGACGAGCAGGAUACAAUAUGGGCCAAGUAUUAUGGUUCAGAGAAGACAAGCUCCAGCUUGGGCGAGCAAAACCAAUUUCUUAUGAUGUUAUUAAGGGCUCAUUGUGAGUCACGGCAGCAAAGGCAUGUGCAUGACACAGCAGAAAAUCGAUCAGAAUUCUUAAAUCAAUAUUUGGGAGGAAGCACGAUAUUUAUGAAAGCGAAGCGUUCUCUUACCAGCUCAUUUGAUCAUCUACUUAAGAGAAAGGCCAGUAAAGAUGACAUUAAUAUUCCCCACAACGUGCGAGAUUUUCACAUCAAAGAGUCAAAAGAAGAGCCCAGCGAAUCUCCACCAGAAGGAUUCCGUUCACGAUCAAAUACACUGGGUUCGAUAAGUCCAAAUAAACCCAACGCUGAACAGCUUAAGUCACCGAUGAUGGAUAUUUUUCGAAAAGUGGGCAAUAACCCCAAAGAAAGUUCCACACAUCAAGGUUCAUGGCGUCAAGCUAUUUUGAACAGUGUAGUUACCCCAUCUAAAGCUAACGAAGGUGACCCUCAAGCUGAGUUCUUGUCCCCAAUGAGAGUAAUACAACAAAAAUCUGGAAAACGUACGAAAGAAGAACUUCGAGAGCUUUGGCGAACAGCUAUCCGCCAGACAAUUCUACUUAAUAGAAUGGAGAAUGAAAACGCUAUGCUUCAAGCCCGACAGAACGAGAAUGAAAUCAAAAAAAUCAAAUUAGAUUACGAAGAGAUUUUACCAUGUGAUAAACAACUUAUUGAACGCUGGGAAAUGAUUAUUGAAAGAGAUUCUGUUAAGAUAACAAAUAAAAAAGAUCCCAGAGUUCUUAUGCAAGCUAUUAAGACAGGAGUUCCACGCUCGAAACGUGGUGAUGUCUGGACUUUUCUUGCCGAGCAGCAUUCCAUGAAUACCGCACCUGUGGAUACAAAGAAGUUUCCUAACUUCAACACGCCCUACCAUACGCUGCUGAAGAAUCUCACUGAACAUCAGCAUGCCAUUUUCAUUGAUUUAGGGCGCACAUUUCCCAAUCAUAAGUACUAUAAAGAUCCUCUAGGAGUGGGUCAACUCUCGCUGUUUAAUCUACUUAAAGCAUAUUCUAUAUUGGACCCAGAGCUUGGAUAUUGCCAAGGUCUAGGAUUUAUUUGUGGUGUGCUGCUUCUACAUUGCGAUGAAGCAGACGCUUUCCAACUACUGAAACAUUUAAUGUUCCGACGACAAAUGCGCACCAAGUACUUGCCAGAUAUGAAGAAAUUCCAAUUACAAUUGUACCAAUUAUCAAGAUUGGUUAAGGAUCAUAUGCCCGAUUUAUAUGAAUGGCUUGAUAAAAACGAUGUCUCACCAACAUUGUAUGCAGCUCCAUGGAUUCUUACUGUGUUCAGUUCACAGUUUCCUUUGGGAUUUGUUGCAAGAGUUUUUGAUUUGCUUUUCUUGGAAUCACCUGAGGUUAUAUUUAAAUUUGCUGUUUCAUUGUUGAGUGUUCACAAGGAUGAACUAUUGGCACGAGAUGGUUUCGAGGAAAUUAUGGAUUAUUUAAAGAAUGUUGUUCCAAAGAUGACAUCUGAUACAAUGGAACAAAUUAUGAGAAUGAUCUUUACAAUGGAUAUCAGCAAACAACUCACAGAAUACAAAGUUGAAUAUAAUGUUUUGCAAGAAGAAAUCACAACUACAAAACAUCAUCUCGAGAUGCUUAACCGCGAAAAGGCUCAAAGCCAACACUUGGAAACACAGCUACAGUUUGCUCAGUCCAGCAUCGCUCAAUUGGAAAAGACUCGUGCUUCACAACAAACACAAAUAACAACACUCCAGUCACAAGUUCAAACUUUAGAAUUGACAAUCCAAACUUUGGGACGAUUUGUCGGUCAUAUUGUGGAGCGUGACGUUGACUUAGAACUCCCAAGCGAUGUUCGUAGAAUACUACAACAAUUGGAUGAUAUCGAGAAACAACGUCGAAGACCAUACUUUUCAGACCGUAAAAUAAAUAAAUCCAUCUCCGUUAAUAGUCAUUUGGGUUUCCCACUUAAAGUUCUUGAAGAACUGAAUGAACGAGAAGAAGGUUCGUCACCUGUCAAAAAGAAGACACCAUUCUUUGAGAAUACUUAUGAGCAUCUCAGGCAACAACGUGCUGGAGGUGGUCCAUCAACCCAAAAUAUUAAUCAACAACAACAACAACAACAACAAAGACCUAACCGUUUGAUUGAUAGCAAUACAAUAACCGAAGGACACAGUAGAUAUGAUGAGCUGAAGCUACCCACUCAUGUCGAUCGUGUUGUUAGUAAUCUUAAAAGUCCAAUUGAGGUAGACAGCGGUGUUGGAACACCGAUAAGUCCACCACCAUCCAUUAGCAUCAGCAAUAGUAGCGGACAAAAGUCACCGUUAAUAAAUCGUCAAGAUGUCGGAUUGAAAAUCGAAGAAAUGCAUCCACUGAGCAUGGUUGGAGAUGUAAAUGUACGAUUUAAUGGCACAACUCAACUUAAAAGUUUUCGACCAGUACAUCACUCUAAAACGAUCUCAUCGAUGACAUCGCCACAAACAAAUGGUUCUAGCACAAGAACUGCUGAACCAGGGGCGGCAAGUCAAAGCUAACGGUUUUGAUUUUUAACAAAACUCUUUCAGGGAAUAUUCCACAGCGAGUCUUUUUAGAA